AUGUCCUUAUCCAUCGGACCUCUAGAAGCCUCGGAAAUCUCCGAUUAUGUACGGAUACAACUCACUGCGUUUCCGUCCACUACCGCUCGCAUCUUGUAUGCACCUUCAACGGAAACCGCAGACGAGGCACGAUCCAAGAACCUGGAGCUAUUGAAAAACGAUCCUCAUGUCUAUUUCCAAAAGGUUUUUGACCCACUCACGGGAGAUAUAAUGUCCUAUGCGAAAUGGAAAAUUUAUCCGACUGGGCGAGACGAAGCAGACAUCAAUCCUCAAAGUGUUGAUUCAUCUCAAGAAGCUGCAGGAGGAUGGGAAGCUCAAGCAAAGAGAACCUUUCAAAACGCCCUUUCUCAAUAUCUGCGAGAUUUCAUGGGCACUCAACCUUUUUACCAUUUGGACAUGCUCAUGACGGAUCCGCGAUUUUCAAGGCGAGGUGCUGCGCAGAAAGUCAUAGAGUGGGGUAUUGCCGAGGCGGAUAGCAGACAAAUUCCCAUCUAUCUUGAGAGCAGUCUGAUAGCAAGACCAUUGUAUGAGCGGAAUGGAUUUCAAGUCGUCCAAGACUUCACCAUGGACCUCGCAGAUCAUGGUGGGGUUGGGGUCGAAAAAGUCACGGUCAUGAUUCGGACGCCAAGGUCUGCAUGA